AUGUCGGCGAAUUAUGGAUGGGUUUGGUCGACAGAUUCAGUUGCAAGAAGAGUAACGCACCGCAUUCACCUUAUAACCGGGUUAGACACAACAGAUAGAUCUUUAUUUAGCAGUACCGAGGCAUAUCAGGUUGUUAACUAUGGAAUUGGUGGAUUCUUCAAUGUGCACAGAGACAAUUUGUAUAAUCCCAUAUGGGGUCCGCCGGCAGACGGAGAUCAUGAAAGUGUUCGAGGAUCCGGAGAUAGAAUUGCAACAUGGAUAUUCUAUAUGAAUGACGUGAGAGAAGGAGGAGCUACCAUUUUUUCAGAAUUAAACACAAGAAUCCCUGUUGAAAAAGGAGCUGCUGCAUUUUGGUAUAAUCUUCUUCCAAAUGGAGAAAUAGACACACGAUUGCUGCACGGAGGAUGCCCAGUAUUACUUGGAUCUAAAUGGAUUAGCAAUAAAUGGAUUCGCGAGGAAGGCCAGAUGUUCAGACGUCCUUGCAGACUACAAUACAAUGCGACUACAUAACUGACACUUAGUAUUGUUCAAGUAUAAAACAAUCAUCAUUACUUUUAUUUUAAUCUGUUCUCAGUGUUUUUUAAUUUGAAACAAACACAUUUGCGUGUAUAUAUGUGAAGGUUCGUGUUGAAUGUAAUUACUGCUUUGCUAUUACAGACAUAAAGCAGAAUAGAAAUGGUAC